CGCUCUCCAAGUCGGUCCAUAUCGAGAGCUUCGUCAAGAUCAUUGGUCAGAAGUCCCUCUCCAGAUGACGCCCCUGUCGCCAAACGUAAACGUUCUACAUCACCUCGGCCUCGGGAGAGAUCGUCUUCACCACCGGCCCGCCGUCGUCGCUCCCGUUCCCGUACCAAAACACCUCCACGUCCAAGCAAUGUUUCCACUAUUGCCCCUCCUCGUGUGGACGACGUUGAUCCUUUUCGAAAGCGUGCACGCGAAGUUGCCAUGUUGGAAAAGCAGAUUGAGUCCGAGAUGCAAGCCAACAGCAACGGAUCAACCAACGGCGCUCUGGUUCAGACCAAUGGGAAAUCGAGCGAGGUGGCAAAAGCAGAAUUUGCAAAGUUGUUGGGAUCACGAAGUGGAGGUGCAUACAUACCCCCAGCCCGACUACGAGCUAUGCAAGCCGAUGCUGCGAAAGAUAAGACGAGCUCUGAAUACCAGAGGAUGAGUUGGGAUGCGCUGAGGAAAAGUAUCAAUGGGUUGAUCAACAAGGUCAACGUAUCAAAUAUCAAGCAUGUGGUUCCGGAAUUGUUCGGGGAGAAUUUGAUUCGAGGGAAAGGUCUGUUCGCUCGAUCAGUCAUGAGAGCUCAAGCGGCAUCGUUGCCUUUCACUCCGGUGUUUGCCGCUUUGGUGGCUAUCGUCAAUACAAAGCUCCCUCAAGUCGGCGAGCUGGUGUUGAUUCGCCUCAUCAGUCAAUUCCGUCGUGCUUACAAGAGAAAUGACAAAACUAUCUGCCAUGCCACGUCCACGUUUAUCGCCCAUCUCUGCAAUCAGUACGUCGCGCAUGAAAUUGUCGCACUGCAGAUCCUUCUCCUCUGUCUCGAACGUCCCACCGAUGAUUCAAUUGAAGUAGCUGUGGGCUUCAUGCGAGAAGUCGGUCUUUUCCUCGCGGAAAACAGUCCAAAGGCCAACAACACCGUCUUUGAACGAUUCCGGGCGGUAUUACACGAAGGGGCGAUUAGCAAACGAUGUCAGUAUAUGAUUGAAGUUUUGUUUCAAGUACGCAAAGAUAAGUACAAGGACAACCCUCAGAUCCCAGAAGGAUUGGACUUGGUCGAGGAGGAAGAACAAAUUACCCAUCGAAUCACUUUGGAUGAUGAAUUGCAAGUUCAAGAGAGCUUGAAUCUGUUCAAGGUUGAUCCUCACUUCCUGGAUAACGAGGAGAAGUACGAGCAGAUCAAGAAGGAGAUCCUUGGUGAUUCGGAUGACGAGGAAGGUGAAUCAGGGAGUGAUGAGACGGAGUCAGACGAGGAAGAUGAGGCAAUCGCCCCUGAAAAGGCCGGUAUAACCGAUAUGACAGAGACGAAUCUCAUCAACCUACGUAAAACUAUAUAUCUAACUAUAAUGAACUCUCUCAACUUCGAAGAAGCAGUACACAAACUCAUGAAGGUCAACAUUCCGGAAGGUCGCGAGAUCGAAUUAUGUAACAUGAUCGUUGAAUGUUGUUCUCAAGAACGUACCUAUUCCAAUUUCUAUGGUCUCAUCGGUGAACGGUUCUGCAAGCUGAACCGAAUCUGGACUGAAUCCUUCCAAGAGGCUUUCCAAAGGUAUUACGACACGAUUCAUCGAUACGAAACCAACAAACUUCGUAAUAUCGGUCGUUUCUUCGGACAUCUUCUCGCUUCAGACGGUGUCUCCUGGGCUGUAUUGCAUGUUGUUCAUAUGAACGAAGAAGAAACAACUUCCUCUUCACGUAUAUUCGUCAAGAUCCUCAUGCAGGAAAUGUUGGAAGAAGUCGGUAUCAUCAAAUUGACGGAAAGAUUUUCAAUUCCCGAUUUACAACCAGCGUUCAGGGGUAUGUUCCCAAUGGAUAAUCCAAAGAAUACUCGAUUUGCUAUCAAUUAUUUCACUUCCAUCGGUCUUGGUCGAGUGACAGAGAGUAUGAGGACAUAUUUACAAAACGCCCCGAAAAUCCUUGCUGCACAACAUGCAGCUAUGAAAGCUGCUGAAAGCUCAGAUUCCGAUUCUUCUUCCGAUAUCUCCAGCGAUUCGUCAUCUACGAGUAGCAGCGACAGCGAGUCGGACUCGGAUUAUUCAAGAAGACGUGGAAGAAGUGAUUCGCGAUCACCAAGGAGGAAUAGGAGUUAUACGUAUUCAAGGUCUCCACUCAGGAAGCGAUACUCGUCAUCAACCUCUCCACCACCCAGGCGAAGGGGCCCCAACUCACCUUCACCACCACCCAGACGUAGAGCGUCACCACCAAGGAGAUCGCCUUCACCCAGACGAAGGAGAUAUAGCGAGAGUGUUUCUCCCAGAAGAAAUGGAAGAGGAUCUCCACCUAGAAGAUCACCUCCAAGACGAAGGGAUGAUGAUUCACCUCCAAGAAAAAGAAGGAACAAUGAUGCACCUCCGAAGAGACGGGAUGAUGAUUCACCUCCAAGGAAAAGAAGGGAUGAUACCCCACCACGAAGGAAAUACAAUGAAGAUUCUCCUCCUCGGCGUCGAAGAGAUGAUGAUACGCCUCCGAGACGCUCGCCGACCCGAAGGAGAAAUGAUACAUCGCCGAGGAGAGAGGGUAGGAGAUGAGGUCAAAGAAUGGAUUGGAAAGCAUUGACAAGGGAAUGACAAGUCAACAAUGUGGGUAAUUGUGAAUUGUGAAUGUAUCUCUCUUCUCUC